UGCCAGUUGGGAAGGAAACAGAAACUGUCUCCGGUCUGAAGGCACCGGCUGUAUAAAUUGCAACAUGGAGAUCACAGAGAACUCUGCAAUAACACAUAACCAAGGCAACAGACAGCUUCAAAUGCUGUUUCUAACUGCACUCUUGUGCAUGUAUAUGAAUUUAGUUGGGGUGUUGAUCCUGCUCCCAGCUCCCAGCCAAGACAGCUGACUGCAGGCUUUUUUUUUCCUGCUAAUCUUGGCUGACCAUAGCCUAACUUCCCAGAAGUGUGGCCCGUUCCCCCACCAUCCGAACCAUGCUUCCGGAAAGGACAGGGUGGACAGUGGGGAUAAAACCAGUCUGGAGAGUCUUGGGAGCCACUGGCCUUUAAAGCCAAGGCCCCAACUGUCUUUGCUCUCUUGCUCCUGCUGGCACCUGCUGGACAUGAAGCUUGUAUCCCAGGUAUUCAACCCCAGGGCAAGCUCGGGGCUGCUGCUCCUGGGGCUGCUGCUCUUGCCAGCUGUGGUCGCCCUCCCCGGAGUGGACCCAGAAGAAGAUGAGCACCUGCGCUGCGUGUGUGUGAAGACCAUCUCCAGACUCCAUCCCAAGAACAUCAACAGCCUGGAGGUGAUAGGUGCCUCAGCCCACUGCCCCGUUCCCCAGAUGAUAGCUACUCUGAAGAAUGGUAGGAAAAUGUGCCUGGACCUGAACGCCCCUCUGUAUAAGAAAGUAAUCAGGAAGCUUUUGCAGAGCUAGCUGCUAGCUACCUGACUCUGUACGUUUGCAAUGCGGCAUGGGUUUUGUUUUAUUCAUUUUCAGUUUAAUGUGGAAAAAUCUUCUGACGUUUUUUUAUUGUCCUCCAAAUUCUGAAUAAACAAAGUAAGUUGAUGUGUGGUAUAUUUCUUAAUAGAGCAAAGAAAUAGUGUUGACACAUCGCAAAUUCAGUUAAAAGAAAAUCUCCAGAAUUUUAAGCAAAAAAUAUACUUGAAUGGAAGUAUGGUUUAAUAAAGACUGGCUUCAUUUAGUGUUA